AUCAGAUUCCACCGCCUUGAAAUAUAAACCCCACCGUCUUAAACCUCUUCUCCACACAAGAAGCCUUCUUCCGUAAACUCCAAUUCCAAACUUCUUGCGUUUCUUAAACUUCUCUGACAUUUUUCUUCUUCUUUGUCUGGUCUGAUCGAGCGAGGAACAAUGAUGAUGAGCCGUGGUGCAACCAGGGCGGCCCGGUCGGUGAUGGGUCACGUGGGACCACGUUUCUUCUCCACCGCUACCGUUCGUGGCGGAGCAGCCAAUGGGUCAGCCACCGGAGUUGUUGGUGCUUCAGGUUUGUUGGGUGUGAAUCCAUUCAUGGGUUCGGAGAGGACAACGGUGGCGUGGAUUAGAUUUCCAGUAAUGGGUGUGCGAAAAGAGAGUACCGUAGCUUUGGGUGACAAGGACGAGCAUCCGGAGAAACAAGCGCAGACUGGUGGUGCUAGUGGUGCUGCCGGUGGUGGUGGGGAUGAUAAGGCCAUUGUCAGUUACUGGGGGGUUGAGCCGGCGAAGGUUACUAAAGAGGAUGGUACUGAAUGGAGGUGGCACUGCUUUAGGCCAUGGGAGACUUACCAGGCUGAUCUUUCGAUAGAUCUGAAGAAACAUCAUGCCCCUGUGACUUUCUUGGACAAAGUAGCUUAUUGGACUGUCAAGUCUCUGAGAUACCCUACAGAUGUAUUUUUUCAGAGGCGAUAUGGGUGUCGUGCAAUGAUGUUAGAAACUGUGGCCGCUGUCCCUGGCAUGGUUGGAGGGAUGUUGCUACACUUCCAGUCACUGAGGCGGUUUGAACACAGUGGUGGUUGGAUCAAAACCCUGUUGGAAGAAGCUGAAAAUGAAAGGAUGCACCUCAUGACCUUUAUGGAGGUGUCCAAGCCAAGAUGGUAUGAGCGUGCCCUCGUGGUUGCAGUCCAAGGCAUUUUCUUCAAUGCAUACUUCCUUGCCUAUCUGGCUUCACCAAAACUGGCUCACCGUGUUGUUGGUUACUUGGAAGAAGAGGCCAUUCACUCCUACACUGAGUUCCUCAAGGAAUUGGACAAGGGUACUAUUGAAAAUGUCCCCGCUCCGGCAAUAGCCAUUGAUUACUGGCGUAUGCCACCUGACUCCACCCUCCGCGAUGUUGUCAUGGUUGUGAGAGCAGAUGAGGCCCACCACCGCGAUGUCAACCACUUUGCGUCGGACAUUCACUAUCAAGGACAUGAGUUGAAAAGCUCUCCAGCUCCACUUGGAUAUCACUGAACGAACAGAGAAAUCUGCCUAAUAAAUUAGAUAGGUGAUCACCUGCUCCUUUUAUUCAUGAAAAUUUAUCUAUGAAGGCUCCCUCUAUUUCGAAGGAAAACAAAAUCCUGACUAAAGAUAAUGAUGUGAGUACAAGGAGGGGAAUUGUCAAACGAACUAUUUCCUAAAGCAGCCUCCAGCAAAUGAUAUUAGAAGGAAGCUGCUUUCAGAAAACAAAAGCUACAAGAGUUUUGUGUAAAUAAGAUGAAAGUUACAUGAGUGUUUUGUAAUUAUCAUCUGGAUGUAGUUUUCCAACUUGUGAUUUGUGAAGCGUUCACUGGAUUAUUAUACUUCUUUUAAGAAAAUCUAAAUUUAUAAGGUUCUCUGCAAUGACAGUGCUGGGACUAGUACG